AUGCAAAUAAAGAAGUACUACGAUCGAAAACACACACCAAAGCACUUCUGCGUCGGUGACAAGGUCCUUUUGCGUCUCGGUCGCGGCUACGAUAUCCCCGUGAACCAGUACGCCGGUCGCUUCACCGUCCUUGAACGCGUCGGUCGUCUCGCCUACCGACUAGACCUCCCGGGCACGUGGAAGCGUGUACAUCCAGUGAUCAGCGUGUAA